AUGGAUCCGAGUUGGUUGCCGGAGAAUCGUCGUCCUCAUGCUCAGGACGUGGCAUUUGAGUUGUUGGAUUCUGGUUGUAGGCCUGCAGGUUGUUGUGAGAACACUAGUUGCUCGAAGGUGACAGUGAGACCAGACAUUCCGGAGCAGGUUGCAUCAUGUGCAGAUGAGUUGCCAACAGGUUGUUAUUACUACGCUAAGGCAGUGGCGAACGUGACGGGGGCAUUGUGUCAUCAUGAAUCGUUAUGGAGUUCGGCAAGUGGUGUGUGUUUUGAUCUAAUGGGAUUGGGUGGAUGGCAGGCACCGAUCUAUUCGUUAUGGCAGAUUCACAAUGCUUAUACCGAAGGGUGUCGGCACAUGCAGUUUUCAAUGCAUCGAAAUGUGACCAAUGUGGAUAAGGCAGCAUUACGCAGUUGUUCCUUGGUCAGAUAA